AUGGGUGGACGCACUGUGUUGAGGCCACCAAAUGCUGGAAGGAAUCAACCGAGAGGUGGCAGAGCACAAGCAGUGGGGCGCGUAUAUGCUAUAACUGGAGCGGAAGCAGCGAGUUCAGGUAACCUUAUAACCGGUGAAUGCUUGCUGUAUGGGAUAUCUUGUCGUGUGCUGUUUGAUUCGGGGGCUACUCACUCCUUCAUCUCGAAGGCGUGUGUUGAGAAAUUGGGAAUAGUUGAGAGAGAUAUGCAGUUCGACCUGGUGGUGUCGACCCCAGCGGCUGGAGAGCUUAGGACAUCUACCGUAUGCAUUAUAUGUCCUAUUGUGGUUGAGGGGCGUAGUUAUAAGGUGAAUUUAAUCUGUUUGCCUUUGAAGGAUUUAUAA